AUGGGUUAUAGACUCGAAUCUUACUAUGGACAGAAUGAUCUUUAUGAAUUAGAUAAGAAAGUUCUGGAUCGACGAAGAGGUGUACAAACUGCUUAUAAGAUUGAAACCUCUAAAGAUGGCAAGGAUGUCAUUCUACCGGAUGCGAAAGAAUACCGCGUAUAUCCUAAAUACACAGUUAACAAUAACACCAAGAUCUAUGACAUGACUCAAAAGGAGAUAAAAAGCCUAUAUGACUUUUGUAUGCCGGAUGGCCCAACUAAAAAGGCCGAUCCAACCUUAGCUGAGAAGAAGACGGAGCUGGCCAAUAUAGUUACGAACUUCGCCCAAAAGGAGACUAUCGAAAUAUCACAGAAUUAUAUGAAGAGCCAGACAGUUAAAAAGACCAAAGAGGAAUUGAAGAAAGCCGAUGAACUAGCGAAAGUUAUCUCCAGGUCAAACUUUAGGCUAACCUUAGAAGAUAUUGAUAAUGCGACAGAGCCAAUUCCUGGGAAUGUCCCAGCACGUAUUACAGAUAAACUUCCGAAUUGGUUUCUGUGGGAGCUCAAGAAUACGUUUAAGAUUGAUACAGAGAAGAAGCUUUCUUUGGUGCGUCUCUUUCUACCUGAGCCUAAACUGCCCCCGUUGAUUACUGAAGACCAAAUGAAGGUGAUGGAUCAGGAAAUAACAACCCUUUUGGGCCAGAACCCAAUCAACACUUCUGCGGCCUUUAUCGACCGAAAUAAGUACAACAACCUGUCUUUCCGAGAAAAACAACUUCUUUUCCGAGCUAUUCAGAGACUGCCGGAUAUUAUCAAAUUAGAUGCUUAUGACCUUCCCAAUUACCUCAGUAGUGGGAAAGGACCCGAGCAGCGAGAUAAGGUUCGCCAGGCUCUUACCCAUAUCUUUACCCAUGAACAUCUAGGAAUCAGACUGUUAGAUGAGAAGAAAAACGAACAGCUUACCAAGAUCAAAAAGCUGAAAAGACAACUGAUUUUUCAAACACCUUAUCUGUACCCUAAGUUGUUGAAGCACUAUGAUGAGCUAACCAAAAUCCAUUACCUGCAGAAAGACUGUACCAGCCAUGCAGCUUACUUUGGCACACCCUACAAGUUCCAGGUCCUUGAUUCGUUCCAAGAUAUUAAAGCGCUUCGUGACCUAAUAAUUCCCUCUAAAGAAGAACCAGCGUACAACCGAUUCGUAAUUCUACAGCCUCCAAGUGUGGUAGACUCUGAUUCAGUCAGAAUUGCCGCUGAGCAUCCUUUCUACAUACCUCAACUAAGUCUGUAUGGCCAUAUCGCCCAAUCCCUCAAUAAUCUCACUAGUGAGCUGCGAUAUACUGAUGAGUACAUCCAAAGGAUUCAUUCUCUCGAAGACCAGUUGAUACUGGCCAAACAAGAAAAAGAGGCCGCUCAAGGAACGCCCCAGGCUGCGGCAGCGGCGGCUGCCUAUAAAGCCAAAUGCUUUUCGACUUAUAUGGCGAUCAACAAUAUUUACGACAGCAGACUUCCACGGCCUAUCAGCUUCCUUAAUCAGAUCUGGUAUAAAAUCAAGAGAUCAACGCACAAGUUCUUUUUGGGUAACUACAAUCUCCUUGCCGACUAUCAGCAAUCUCCCUCUAAAGGUAUGAACUGGCUUCACAAGAAAAUGAACAGUCUCAACAAACGAUCCGACUUUUUAGAUAUGCUGAUUGCUGAUGAUACUGCUAGCAAGCAAAAGUUAUACCAAACUCUCAAUGGAUCAGUAAAGACCUUAAGCGAUGUACUGGAUCGGGUUUCCCUACGCGAAGAAAAGUACGAAACCCAAUCAAUGAGUGCUCUCAUGAACACACUUCUUUUAGUUAUGGGAAUCUUUGCUGUGAUGUUUGGAUCUAUUAUUUUAUCUGAUCAUGUUCUUGGAAGUAUCCAAAUCGUCCCUGAUAGUAUUUACAUGCAAAUACUUACGCUUGGGAAAGGAACGAUGUUACUGGGCACCGGUAUAUUAUUCUUUAUUCUGAAUUCUCUGAUUCAUGCCAUGUAUAUUUAUGGUUUCAAUUUCUAUAUUUUCAUACAAGUCCCUAGAUCUAAUUAUUUCUUAAACCAGAUCAUCUUUGUGCUUGCUGUUACCUUUAUUGCAAUGCUUGUCAGUCUUUCCACCACCAAAACUGACCAAGCCGUCCGCAGUGGUAUUGUUAUCAUUAUAGCUUCCUGCUUAGUUUUGAUGUUAAUUGUUUAUGACCAUGCGAUUAUCAAGUAUCAAGAAAUGAACUCCAAGGACACCAAGCUUUCACGGAAAGACAGGAAAGUUCGGGUUAGGCGCAAAGUCACUCUUUUAGCCACCCUCACUAUAUGUCUAGGUGUCCUCUUCAUUUUUGCAUUGGCCAACUAUACUACUCUCAAAGCUCCGCUUCUUGCAGCAGCUGCUAAAGCCAACAACCUCCCCACAACCCAUGCGCCCACCAUCACGCCUUUAUCAUAA